ACUCUUAAAGAACGUCUGUAUGAAUUAGUUCCUGAAAAGCAAGAAGAAAUAAAACGUGUCAAAAAAGAACACGGUGCCAAAAGCUUGGGGAAUGUUACAGUCGAUAUGGCUUAUGGGGGUAUGAGGGGUAUCAAGGGUUUAAUAUGGGAAGGUUCAGUGUUAGACCCGGAUGAAGGCAUUAGAUUCCGUGGUUAUACCAUCAACGAAUGUCGAGAACUGCUUCCAAAGGCAGACGGUGGCGAAGAACCGUUGCCUGAAGGUCUUUUUUGGCUUUUAGCAACUGGUGAAAUUCCUUCUAAGGAGCAAGUUCGCGUACUUUCAGCUGAAUUGGCUGCUCGUUCGGCGAUUCCUUCAUUUGUUGAAGACCUCAUCGACAGAUGUCCAAAUACUCUACAUCCGAUGUCUCAAUUCUCAUUGGCUGUUACAGCUCUACAGCACGAUUCGAAUUUUGCAAAAGCCUAUCAGACUGGCGUUAAUAAGAAUGAAUACUGGUUAUACUUGUACGAGGAUGCGAUGGACUUGAUUUCUAAGCUGCCAAAUGUGGCAGGAAGAAUUUAUAGAAAUGUUUAUAAAGAUGGCAAAGUGCCACCAAUUGAGCCAGACCAGGAUUAUUCGUAUAACUUUGCAAAAAUUUUAGGAUAUGCCGAUAAUAAGGAUUUAGUGGAAUUAUUGAGGCUUUAUCUUACAAUUCAUUCUGACCAUGAGGGUCUGUAUGAAUACUUAUAUGCUAAAGAUUGGACUUUAAAUAGUCUUGCCAACCAGGAAGUAGUUCGUUGGAUUCUUAAAAUGAGGGAUACCGUUGGUGAAUCACCUUCCGACGAAACUAUUAAAGAAUAUGUUUGGAAUACUUUGAAAUCAGGAAAAGUAAUCCCAGGUUAUGGACAUGCUGUUCUCCGUAAAACGGAUCCAAGGUACACGGCGCAACGUGAAUUCGCGUUAAAACAUCUUCCAAAUGAUCAUCUUUUCAAGCUCGUAUCACAACUAUACAACAUUGUACCUGAUGUGUUACUUGAACACGGUAAAACGAAAAAUCCCUGGCCUAAUGUCGAUGCACAUUCUGGUAUAUUAUUACAGUAUUACGGCUUAGUUGAGCAAAAUUAUUAUACUGUACUUUUUGGUGUUUCAAGAUCUUUAGGUGUUUUAA